UGCGAUUGCGCAACUUUACAAUCCACCAAAAUCAGGUCGUACUUGUUUGAGACAGUGCACUAAGAAAAACCUCUAUAUAAAGUUGAGGCGAAAUAACUGGCAUCUGGCAACCUAGUGAAGGUGACGCGCUUCGAUGUGAUACAGUUGUGGUGAGCGCAGCGUCGAGACGUUCAGAGUGUCGCAUUUUAAAGCGUUGAAUGGAACGGCUUAAGCGAAUGGCACGACUGUGCGUUGGUCCUCGACUACAAAGAGUUCUUGUGUAACCCACUCAUCGUCUGUCGUGACGGAUCUACCAAACCAGGCCUGAUGGAUUCAGGUACUCGACGAGAGCUGCGUACAGCAGACCCCAGCCUCCACUCGCUCCUUCACGGCCAGUCCUGAGUAUCGGACGUUCACCACAACCUCACCUUCCCUUUUUCUGCUUCCUUCUUCCCCGUCUCACUCCACCACUGGCUCCUCAACCAGCCCUCCAGCUCGCCUCCGAGAUGAUCGGCAAGCUGAAGCAGAACUUACUGGUGGCCUGCCUGGUCAUCAGCUCCGUCACGGUCUUCUACCUGGGUCGGCACGCCAUGGAGUGCCACCACCGGAUAGAGGAGCGCAGCUCGCCGCUGGUGAGCAGCCUGCGCACCACCCUGCGCACGGGCCAGAACCUCAGCACCCCCUUCAUCUACAAUAAAGACAUGCCUCUUAUAUUUAUCGGUGGCGUCCCUCGCAGUGGCACCACUCUUAUGCGGGCCAUGCUGGACGCUCAUCCCGAUGUGCGCUGUGGAGAAGAAACCCGUGUCAUCCCUCGCAUUCUGGCCAUGAAGCAGAUGUGGAGCCGCUCCGGCCGGGAGAAAAUGCGGCUAGACGAAGCCGGAGUAACAGACGAGGUCUUGGACUCAGCCAUGCAAGCUUUCCUUCUGGAGAUCAUCGUAAAACAUGGGGAACCGGCCAACUACCUGUGUAAUAAAGACCCAUUUGCUCUUAAAUCACUCACUUAUCUGGCUAAGAUCUUUCCUCACGCUAAGUUCAUCCUCAUGAUCCGUGACGGCAGGGCCUCCGUCCACUCCAUGAUCUCCCGUAAAGUCACCAUCGCCGGGUUUGACUUGAGCAGCUAUCGGGACUGCCUGACGAAGUGGAACCGGGCCAUAGAGACAAUGUACACUCAGUGUCUGGAGGCAGCGGACAAGUGCCUGCCUGUGCACUACGAACAGCUCGUCCUGCACCCGGAAAAGUGGAUGAGAACACUUCUGAAAUUUCUGAACAUUCCUUGGAAUGAUGCAGUUCUGCACCACGAGGAGCUCAUUGGGAAAGCAGGAGGCGUUUCGCUCUCCAAGGUAGAGAGAUCUACAGACCAGGUGAUCAAGCCUGUCAACGUGGAGGCCUUAUCCAAGUGGGUGGGUAAGAUCCCCCCAGAUGUGCUGCGGGACAUGCCUGUCAUCGUCCCCAUGCUGGCCCGGCUCGGCUAUGAUCCCCACGCCAACCCUCCCAACUACGGCCGGCCCGACCCCCUCGUCCUGGAUAACACUAGAAGAGUCUUUAAGGGUGAAUUUCAGCUACCUGAUUUUCUUAAAGAACAAACACAGCUUCAGAAGUCCCCAGAAAAGCCAAACCCAAGUUAGGAGGAGAAGACCAGAGCUUUAUCAACAGAAGGCUGAGUAGAAGCAGAUGUCAUGGGACCAUGAUGGACUUGCAUCACCCCC